GAAAAAAAAAUUAAUAUAUUAGCAUCCAUCAAUCAACCUUUAUAGACCCAAUAGCCCCAUGAUUAGUAAUAAUACUGUAUGAUUUCAAUAAAGGAUACCAUCUCAAGGCUAGGGAGAUCGGUUCGAAUGUUAGAUUCUCAUAAAAAUGCAAUAAAACGGCCAACAAGAACAACCUUACAUAAACCAACAAUAACCAAGAAAAUAGUUGUGAAAAAAAGUGAAGAUGUAGAAUUUACUGGAGAACAAUUAGAGCAAUUCAAGCCUUUAUUGGCUAAUUUCCAAACUAAAAUAUUUCGUCAAUUUCUUGAACCUCUUGAGAUGGAAAACUUGAAAAUUUUUAGUGAUAGCUUACCUUCCUUUGAUGAAGAAACAGCUAAAUUUAAUUGGCAACAAAAGAGAGAAUUAUCUUCCCCAACCAAUAUUCUAAAUAAUUUUGCUCAAGAUAGAGAGCAUUUUGACAAAAUGGUAGAUCUACUUAUGAGUAUGAUUCCAUCACAUUUAAAAAAUAUAAAUUUAAAUAAUGAUAUAAUUGUAUCUCAUAUUUUAGAAGAGCAAGAUCGAACUAAGUAUCGAUGCUCAAGGAAUACCUUUGAUGAAGUACCGCCUAUCCCAAAACCAUUAACAAAGGAAUCCUUUGAAGAAUAUAUAUAUUUAUUGACACAUCUGACUUUUCAUUAUCGAAACUCCCUGUCGUUAACUAGUGGAAUUAUUCCAGACAUUCUACUAUACACUCACAAAUUGACUAAUGAAGAAUUCAAACCAUACCGGUCAGUGCAAACAUACAAUUAUCUAAUAAAAUUCUUUGGAUAUGACAAGAACCAAAAUUCUUUUGCUCGUCAGUUACUACUUGUUAUGAAUAAAGAUGGCCAUAAACCCAAUAUACAUACCAUUAAUAAUUUAUUGAAAUUGUGUGAAAUCCAUUCUCAUAUCCGUUCUACUACGAGUACUUAUCGAAACAUUUACAAAUAUUUAGUACUAUGUACUACAAUGAAUAUUCAAAUUAAUUUAUCUACAAUCACCCGAAUUUAUGCCUCAAUAACCAACAUAUUUUUGAAAGAGAUCUUUAUUAGUAAAAUUCAAGCUAUUAAUUUACCCAUCCAGAAAAAUUUACUUGUAAGGAUUAUUGAUGACUUUUCCUUAACAAUAAGAGAAACUUCUGAGUUGAUAUGCUUUAUUGAAAAAGAUUUAAAAUAUUCAAACUGGCAUGAAGAUCAUGUAAUGGUGAACAAAGUAGUUUAUCAUAAGGCAACGAAUUUGCAAAGUCUUAGAGAAUUAGAUCCGUAUUUGAAAGAUUCAAAGUACCAACUUGACGCAUUUACUAUUCAGUCAGUUUUAGAAGGUUUGAAGAAAAAUAAAUACAUCAAAGAGGAAGAUAAAAUAUGGAUGAUGUUGAAGAUAUAUGUGUAUUUACAGGCUAAGUUACAGUACGUUCCAAUGAACGGAGCUGUUCGAACUUAUCAGUUCUUAAUUGAACAAGUUGUGAAAUGGAGUGCUGAGUAUGUUGAGCCAGCUUGCAAUUUAGUGCGUAGUAUUGUCUAUGAGGCCACACAAGGUUUGGGCUUGCCUCAAGAAAACAUCAAUUCAAAUUUGCCUGAAAAUUAUAGAAUUUUUAGAAGAUUACAGGGUCAAGGUAAACUAGAUGUGUUAGAAGCAACAAUUGAUCGCUUUAAUAGACUUAAAAUAAAAGAGGGAGAAGCACGAUUGCCAGAUUUGGCAGCUCCGCUCACAGAGGAAGAAAUUGAAAAUUGGAAAAUUUUGAAACUUAAUAUUGAUGAAGUGAAUGACAUUACGCUGUACAUGAAUACAUCCAAUACGAAACAGAACGACGGAUUUAUAGUAACAAACGAUGAUAUGAGCAAAUACUUUCGUACUCGAACAAUCAUGAUUAAUACUUCAAGAAACAAAAUGCUCUUGAAUAAAUUACACGAAGGCUUUGAUCAUUAUGUCCUUCGGAAAAUGAUUGAAAGAAAUAUUAUAUCAGAAAAUGAAAAUAAAUCCGUAAAUACUAAUGAAAAUAAUGAUGACAAUAAGUAAACCAAUACUCCCUCCACAUCCUCCAACAAUGAUACUAAUAAUAGCAGUUAGUUUAGUUAGUUAGCUAGUUAAACAAUUAUGAUUGAAUGUUUAUUUUACGAAGGCUGAUUACAAAAAUGUACAUCACCACAGUUG